AUGUCACGCCUAUUCCACUACGAAGCAGUUCUAAUGGUACCGCUCAAUAAUUCGAACUUUAUCCAUCCUACGCUUAUACAACAGUCAUGCCACCUAUGCAUCCUGUCGCACUUCCUCACCCAGCCCAUCAGGUUGCAGGCCGUGGAUGAGCCCGGUGACGCCUGUUGA